AGAAUUGCGUGCUGCCAGAGUGAACAUAAAGAAAAUAUUAUUAUUCUAUUACCUUAGUUUCAUAGCCUCUAUUUAUUUUGCCAGCGGAUGCUAAAUGUUGUUAGCAGCCGAGGGUUAACCUUGGUUAGCUUAUUUUCUAUUCCUUGCUAUCCAUCGCUGCUGCCUGCCAAACCAGCUAGCAAAUUAGGAUCGACAGCUCUUAUUAACCUGACUUCACAAUGACCAACGAGGAGCCUCUACCCAAGAAGGUUCGCCUCAGUGAAUCUGACAUGAAGACCCUGACCAGAGAGGAGUUGUGUACAAGAUGGAAACAGCAUGAAGCAUAUGUCCAGGUCCUGGAGGCCAAAUAUGCAGAGCUAUGUUCCAAUGAUGUAACAGGGCUGAAGGAGUCAGAGGAAAAGCUAAAGCAGCAGCAGCAGGAGUCUGCACGCAGGGAGAACAUCUUGGUCAUGCGACUUGCCACCAAGGAGCAGGAGAUGCAAGAGUGCACAACCCAGAUCCAGUACCUCAAGCAAGUCCAACAGCCGAGUGCGGCCCAACUGCGGUCAUCCAUGGUGGACCCAGCCAUCAACUUGUUUUUCCUCAAAAUGAAGGCUGAACUGGAACAGACUAAAGACAAACUGGAGCAGGCCCAAAAUGAACUGAGUGCCUGGAAAUUUACACCUGAUAGCCAAACGGGGAAGAAACUGAUGGCCAAGUGUCGAAUGCUGAUUCAGGAAAACCAGGAGUUGGGCAGGCAGCUGUCCCAGGGACGCAUCGCCCAGCUGGAGGCUGAGUUGGCCCUGCAGAAAAAGUACAGUGAGGAGCUCAAGAGCAGUCAAGACGAGUUGAAUGACUUUAUCAUCCAGCUAGACGAGGAGGUAGAGGGGAUGCAGAGCACCAUCCUCGUCCUGCAGCAGCAGCUGAAAGAGACGCGACAGCAGCUGACUCACACUCAGGGGGCUUUGGCUGGACCCAGCAGGACUUCACCCACUGCUUCCAGCUCAUCAGCUGAACCGUCCACCCAGCCCGAGCAGGCCAGCGCACCCUCUGAACCAAUGGGCAAAGACUACGGGAGGGUCUCCAAUGGACCAAGCAAUGGCAACUCAUCCCAGAGGAGCGAGACCACUACACCCAGCCUCUACCGGGAGGUCAGCAGCACCGAGGAAGACUUUCCCAUGUCCCCCAUGGUCUCCAGCCCUGGUGAAGCUGAGACCAAACUGUCCAACCACUCAGAGGAGGCAUCAGGGAGUCAGACUGCUGCUGGGAGAGUUGGAGGACCUGUGGGUUUCGGGAGCCAGCUGAGUGCAGGGUACGAGAGUGUGGACUCUCCGACAGGUAGCGAGACAUCACUGACUCAGCACUCGAAUGACACAGACUCCACCACCGACCCCCAUGAGGAUAAGGCUGCCGUGGUGACCAAGGGCACCAGGACUGCAGGGUCACGGCAUGCUCAGAAUGGCCUGGACUCCAGCACGAGCGACGGUGCAGUUUUGUAAUGUACCUUGACGUGUACUGUCUUUUCCCUUUUUUUUUUAUACAAUA